AUAGCCUCCUUUUUAAUUUCCUUCCUCCUCCUCUUUAGUGUCGAUCUACCCUGCCAACAGUGUUUCGCACUGAAAGCGUUUUGUUUCCCCCCUUCCCCUUAGCGGUAUAGUUACUUUUAGGUAGAUAAACAUGGACGAUUUCGACAUGCUGAGCGAUCCCCAGCCUGCUGCCGGGAACGGGGUCGGUGCGGAAGAGGACCCCGCCGCGGCUUUCUUGGCCCAGCAAGAGAGCGAGAUCGCGGGGAUCGAGAACGAUGAGGGCUUCAGCAUCCUGGACAGCGGAGAGGUCCCAGAUUCACUUAGCAAUAACAUCACAGGGGAACCCGAUGCGGACGAUGCAGUCGAUGGACCAGUAAACGGAGAAAUACACGAGGAGAGUAACGGCUCGUUCGACGCGUACGCGGCCAUUUCCAGCGCCGACCGCCUGCAGUCCGAGCCCGAGAGCCUGCGCAAGUGGCGGGAGGAGCAGCUGGAGCGACUGGAGGUUCUGGACGCUAACUCCCGCACGCAGGAGGCAGAGUGGAAGGACAAGGCGAAGGCGGAGCUGGAGGAGUGGCAUAACCGCCAGAACGAGCAGCUGGAGAAGACCAAAGUCAACAACAGGGUGCUGGAUGAGGACUUCUACAAACAGCCCUUCUCUGAGCUGAUUGGUUAUGUCACACACAUUAACCAUCCUUGCUACCGCCAUGACCAAGCGGCGGAGGAGGCCAUGGUGUCGGAGAUGGACGAGGGGAACCCCGGGACCGAGUGGGAGCGCGUGGCGCGCCUCUGCGACUUCAACCCCAAAUCCAGCAAGCAGGCCAAGGACGUGUCCCGCAUGAGAUCUGUGCUCAUCUCCCUCAAGCAGUCGCCCCUGGUGCGCUGAUCCCGCUCCCCUCCCUAACCAAGCUCUGCCCCUCCCCCUCCCUGCACAUGUCCUGCCCCUGACCAGGCCCCACCCCGCCCCACCCCACCCUCCAAACACACUACAGCUGCUAGUAUUGCAAUAUCUUAAAAACAACUCUGAAAUGCGUGGCUGCUGUGCUAUCGGAUCAAAACCCUCUCGAUCAUUUAUAAAGAAACGAGGAUUUGUUUUCUUUUUGUUUGUAUGUCUUUUCUUUUAAGGACCAAACUCUGAAUAAAUAGUGUGUUUUACCAUUACGCUUUGUGGAAUUGUGACAUUUUACAAUCUAUGCAUUUUUUUCCCUUCUGAACACCCCAGGACUAAUAGUACAUACAUGUGGCAUGUUGGUAAAAGCAUGUCUGCACACACAUGUAUGUACUGUGUGUGUACAUCCAUGUGCACACACGUGUAGGAGCUGAACUCGAGCGGUUCUCCAGGUCACACCUCAGCCUGUUGCUUCUUGCGUUUCUGUCACAUGGUUAAUUUGAAUUUCAUUAAAGAAUUAUGAAGCCCAA